CCCGACACUCCCCUCGCCGCUCUCCCCCCUCCUCAUCUAGCACUCGCUCUUACCAUUCUAUCUUCACAUCUAUUCGCUCAGGUAGACGUAAAGGACAUCCUUGCGCAUCUCUCUCAGCUGCGCGCCCUCAAGGCAGAGUGGCAAGGCAUAGCACAGCCAACGGAGGAGGUGCACGCGAACACGCUCGACGAAUGGGUAGACACUUCUCGUCGAUUGGAGGUAUGGGCACAGCUGGAGGUGUUGAAGGGGAAAGGGAGAAGAGGGCGUGCUCGUGCAAUCGAGAGGCUCAUAGAAUGUGCAGAGGAAUGCCGCACUCUCUCAAAUCACAGUAGCAUGUCCAUCCUACUCUCCGCACUCAACUCGCCUCAACUCUGCAGGUUAAUGCACACUUGGGCACUCGUAUCGUCAAAGCAUCUUGCCCUCCUUAUGCACCUCCGUCAGGCUCUCCCACCGCGCACAUCCAUACAAGAGUACAGCGCACGCGUCGUCCUUCCUUGCGUUCCUCCUCUCAGCCUCUUCCUCCACACAGCAGCGGACACGGAAGGCCCUCUACGCCUGUACAGGGAGAUUAAGAGAUACCAGGCGUCCUGUGCGUCUUAUCCGGAAUUGGUAGAACGCAGGCUGCUCGAAUUCCCGCCCCCACAACUCCAUCUCCAUCAUCCCUCUCCCCCAGGCUCAGGAACUUCCUCAGGCACAUCGUCACCCUCCCCUACACCAGGUCCAGGUUCUCCUUCCCCUUCACCGAGAGAUCAUCACCAUCCCCACACGCACCAUCAUCCCCAUCCCCACCCCCGACUGUCCGACCUCCAGUCAGGAACCUCCACACCCUCCUCUCUGAAUUCUAUCCCAGAAGCAGACGAGUGCGACUCGGAACCUUCAUCCCCAGAUUGGGAAAGGAGGAGAAGUGGGAGCGUCUCGAGUUUCACGUCGGGGUUAUCCUCCGCUUCGGUGCCGAUUUCGGCGACCGGGGGCUCUGCAGAGACUGCUGGGAGCACGGGAGGGAGUGGGAGUGCACCGGCGAGUAUGGGCUGGUACGCCCUGCGCGAACCGGAGCUUGGAGCCGCUCCUUCUUCCCUUUCUUCUUCGGCCUCCACGUCGACUACGGCUAAUUCGACUGACUCCACCACUUCAGCCGCUUCCGCGCCCUCUGCACUCCCGCCAGACCAUGAAAAAGAACAGGAACAUCUCUCCCCCCCUCCACCUCGCUCGCUCAACUCCUACUUCGCGUAUAUACCCCACCUGCCCCGCGCACCUUCGCCCCUCCGGGUAGGCAGACCGUGGCUGGAAAGAUGGGAGAUGGAGGCGGAGCAGAGGGAGGGGCGGGUGACGCGCGAGGUGGGGAGGAGACUGAGGGUCCCGGAGAGGGUACGUGGGGAAGGGCACGAGACUCAGAAUGGGAAGGAGAGAGGGAGGGAAAGGGAGCCACAUCCUCUGAGUGUGCUCACAGGCUGGGAAAGCCCCGAACUGGAACCCGAACUGGGACAAGAGCGACAAGAAGGCCAGGAAUCGUUGAUGUCACCUAUUUCGCCUACUUCGGGCUCGGCGUCCCCUUCUCCCCCCACUCCACCUGAUGCAUUGCAAACGACGAUCACUCCGCCUGUGACGCCCCCCCGGAAGACAAGGGCUGCGCUGCCGGAGUCGGACAAGCGGCAUGCGGAGCUGGAGGCGAUGGAGGCUGAGAUGCGCCAGGCAGGGGGAGAAGGGAAGCCUCCUCCCUAUUCUCCGCAUUCCCCACACACGCCCAACCGGCCGAACUCAGGAUCUCUGCCCUCUUCUCCCUCCACCCCUCACACCCCUCAUACGCCCCAUACGCCCUCCCGCCCUACAGCGAGCGAGCUCCUCGCCCUCCUCACCCUCACGCUGUCCCUGCUCGACACCUCCCAAGACCUGUGGGAGCUCUCCGGUAAAGCAGAACGGAUGACGAGGGAGGAUCUGGAGAUGCGGGAGAUUGUGUUGUUGAGUGAGGGCAUGGGGCGAGGGGUGGGACGAGGCUGGGGUGGGAUGGGAGUUUGACCGGGUGAAGCAAGGGGGACGGUGCGUGAUAUGGCUUGUACACUAGAUUCACUGCAUUUUAUCAACCAGUUCUACGGGAUAAACGCCAUUACAUCGGCUGUACUAAAGUGAUGGUGUACGGUCACUGCUGGGUUAUAGAAUUGAAGAAAU